AUAUUUUUCAUCGGUGUUAUUCAACUUGUUCACAGUCAGUAAUAUUUCAUUCUUGUAAUUGUUUAUCAAAUAUCGAACGAGGAGAAAUUAUGCUUACAAGCGCUAUAAGCGCUAAAGCAAACGCAGCUUAGGUGUACCACUCUAGCGAUCGGUAGGUCAAUUACGUUGAUGUUUUGCCAUCGCAACAUCGUGUCGCACUUCAAGUCUUCAACAUUGUGGUUAUCGUCAUGGCCGGUAAUUAUAAGAAUUUUAUAAGACUAUUGGAAUCGUGGCCGUUGGACAAAAGUAAAGUUGGCAGCGACUUGGGACAGCACAUUCGUGAUCAAGUGAAGAUUACGUUUGCGAAGGGUGAAGCUACUAUCCAACGGGAUCCGGAACAAUGUAAUCGAUAUUAUUCAAGCUUGAAAAAGAUUUCAUCUAAUCAUUAUGGGCAACUUUAUAAGCGCUCCUUACUGAGCACUGCGACUGGAUUGACGAAGGAUCAAUGUAGUUUGGCGUUGACACCAGAAGUAUUAGAGUAUUUGAACGAAGAGAAUAAAACUUUCGUCCGCAGAUUAAAAAAAUCAUUACGAAAUAUUUUUUCAAAAGAUGAAUAGGAUUAGGUUUGCCUGUUUUGCAAAUAGGUUUAGUAAGAAUAGGUAUUUUGUUAACAGAAUACACAUAUUGCAAGCAAGAACUAAUUUUCAAGGCUCAGUUAAUGUGAGGCGAUAUAGUUUCAAAUAUGAUGUCAGUGUUGA